AUGGAUCCGUUGAGUCGUAAUUUGUUGGUUCUUUGUUCGUACAAUACGCCGUCAUGUAUAGAUGACGUUGUGGAUGAUGAUCAAUUGGUGCAGUAUGAGAAGUUGAAUCGUGUGUAUUAUGAUUGUAUAGUUAAGCACAUGGAGGAGUGUGCGAAGCAAGGUUAUGAACGAGGAGAUUUGGUUAGUGGUCAGGGAGAUGUGGUUAGUGGUCAGGAUAUUGGGAGUGAUGUUGUGGUGUUGAUAUUAUAUCCGAAUUUCUUCCUUUUACCUGCUAUGUUGAAGAAUUAUUGCGGAGAUAUAAACGUUGUGUAUAAUAUUGGUUUGUUUUUUCCACCGUACGAGCUCAUGGGUAUCAUCCCGUUUAGAAAGACAUUAUUGGAUUCACUUCUUUACUCAGAUGUCCUUGUGUUCAAUAAUUUCCAAGUUAAAAAUGAAUUCAGGGCCUGUAUAACCGACGUCCUCGGAAUUCAUUCAUCAGACACCCUCAUUCCAAGAUCUACACAAUCAAAUGGUCGCCGGAUUGAUCUUAUUGUCAUAACAUAUACUCCCAGAAAUAUGACGUACCCAACCAUGGUAACAACCUCCAAGGAACAUGUGGAUGGGCUGAGGAUUCUAUCUAUCGAGAAUAGUUUAGUUAGUUUUGAAGCACUAAGGAAACGAUUAACGGCCAUAGGUAUGCUGCUAGAAAGCGGCGUCGUGUUUAGUUACAAUCUGCACAUACCCAGACAACAAACGUUCGGUACUGAUUUACCACUUUAUUAUUUACGAGAUCUCAAUGAACAAACAUUAACGUCCAUUGCAAGAUUAACCGUCAAAUUCGGGCCAGAACGCAUCUGUGUUAGGAUCAUCGAGAGAACAGAAGAUAUUGAAGACUAUCUAUUCGAUCUGCUCCUCAUUGGCGAACCUUUUAAUAAUGGGAACACUCAUCUUGUAACCAGAUACAUUGACGCCAACACCAUAGAUCGAAAACGAAAAGAUGACCAAAAGAUAGUAGAUAAUGAUCGGACAGCAGACAGCGAUGAUCGGACAGCAGACAGCGAUGAUGGGAAAGAAUUUGUUGGAUCUAUCCUUUUAGGAGAGUCUACCUACACCGCCUCAAUAUUUCGAGGUGUUUUCUUAACGUUCAAUCCCUUCAGCGAAGAGGAUCUAUGUCAAAAGGUUGAACAUGUUUACAACAAAAACAAAAACAAGCAACGACGCGCUCCCUCGUUGGAGCACACGUGUGUGCCCGGUAAAAAAUGCGCCGUUGGCGGCGAAGUCCACGGUGGCUUUAAGCUGGUAAACUACGUUAAGCAUAUAAUGAGCCAAUAUCCCAGUCAACUUUGGCUGGAUAACCUCCGGCAGGUGGUUAUGCCUCGUAUUCGCCGGGCAGAAUCGUUUGAAGGGAGUUGUAGAAUGGAUUCUCCGAAGGCGAUAGCUGAAAAAUUCUUGCGUUUGCCCCACGAACGUAAAAUCGUGAUUUGCGGGGUGCAGGGCAUCUUGGGUCCCCCUGAGCUGACGGCAGCGAACCGUCUGUUGGUUCCUCAGACAGUGUUGGAUUGGGAUAAUACAAACAUCGAUUUGUAUCUGACGACGCAGUUGGGCGUGCGCGCAAUGGGAGACGUGAUCGGUCAAGGGAAUUUGCUUGUGGACUGCGACAAUGGUCACUACCGCAAGGAUCUUGAUGAAUACAAUUUCUCAUGGAUUUGCGGAGACAUAGGUAGAAAGGACGCGCAUCAGAAGCUGACUCCUGUGCUGGAGUUGAUGCAGUACUACAGGGACAGGACUCCAGGAAGCUUCAUCUCAGAGUCCGAAACGAGUGCGUCUUUCCAUGUACACAACUAUACACACCUGAGCGGAAAAACACUAAGGGAGCUCAUGGCGCAACUUCAGUCCGGUGUUCUCUCUCGCGACCCGAACCUGAAAGUUGACUCUUCGCAACGAAGCGUGCGGGUCAUCGUCAACCACAAGCAAAGGCGCGUCGCCAUCGAGGAUGGCAUCAGAGCUCUAGUCACCAGAAAGCGGUCUCCCGACAACACGAAAGCCAAGAUCCAAAACACCAUUCUACUCAUUCCCCCUACCACUACCGAUGCCACUAAUCAACCAGACAACUCCACGAAAGCCAAACCGUCUCCUGUGGAGACCAAGCCGUCACCCGGGGAGGAUGUAUGCGGAGGGCGAGAACUAACCAAGUUGACUACCGCAGCGGACGUUUCAAACGCUCGGGACAAGCCCGUAAUCAGAAGACACUCCAGCAGGCAGCGAGAUGGGAGCCGAGAACGCGGAGGGAGCCGAGAACGCGGAGGGAGCCGAGAACGCGGAGGGAGCCGCGAGCGCGAGACCCGACGUGGUGGCCGCGACCAGGACUUAUUCGGAGACGCCACGGACGUACUCUGUAUCGGAGGCGAACAACUCAUCCACAUUGUGUGGUCCAUGGUCCCGCAGGCCCUGACGGUUGCCAUUCCCACCCCGUUCACCGACGAGGUCGGCGAACACCAUCUCAAAAACAGCUCGGAAAUCAUCCAACUACUUACCCUGCUCCAGCAAGCUGGCGCCACCCAGAAGUCCCGCCCUGCGACCAAACAAUAUCUUCGAGCCGCCUCACCCAAAGCAGUGGAGUGGGAAUACAGCCCCAGCGUCAUCGGCCUCGUGCGAGAGGACGACGCGGAGGAUGAAGCCGAAGACGAGCAAUCCGAAAACGGCGCAGCAAGUCGCAGCCCCAUCCACAGCGAAGAAGAACGAUUCUUCACACCGCCAACUCUUUCGCCCCACUGA